AUGGGAUGUAGCGGGCGGCUGCUGGGAGCCGUCGGGGGGCGCCGCGCCUCGCUCUUCCUCACCAUGAUCCUCUUCUUCACCUACUUCUUCUACUGCCUGCCGGGGCCCUGCGAGCCGCGGCCGCCCGCCGCGCUCCCCGACGGCGCCGCGCUCCCCGACGGCCCCGCGGGGCCGUCGGGGAGCGCGGCGCCGUCGGGGAGCGCGGCGGGCGGCGGGGGCAGCCGCCGUUUCCCGCAGGCCAUCAUCGUGGGCGUGAAAAAGGGCGGCACGAGGGCGCUGCUCGAGUUCCUGCGGGCGCACCCGGCCGUGCGCGCCGUGGGCGCCGAGCCCCAUUUCUUCGACAGGUGCUACGAGAGGGGGCUGCGCUGGUACAGGAGCCUGAUGCCGCGAACGCUGGAGGGGCAGAUCACCAUGGAGAAGACCCCCAGCUACUUUGUGACCAAGGAGGCGCCCAGGAGGAUUUACAACAUGUCGCGGGACACGAAGCUCAUCGUGGUGGUGAGGAACCCCGUGACCAGGGCCAUCUCGGACUACACGCAGACGCUCUCCAAAAACCCCACCAUCCCCAGCUUCCAGGCCCUGGCCUUCAAGAACCUCAGCACGGGCUUGGUGGACACCACGUGGAGCGCGGUGCGGAUUGGCAUCUACGCCAAGCACCUGGACAACUGGCUGCAGUACUUCCCCCUGUCCAAAUUCCUCUUCGUCAGCGGGGAGAGACUCGUGAGCGACCCAGCUGGGGAGAUGGGCCGGGUCCAGGACUUCCUGGGGCUGCGGCGGGUGGUCAAGGACCAGCACUUCUACUUCAACGAGACCAAGGGCUUCCCGUGCCUGAAGAAGCCGGAAGGCGGCAGCCGGCCCCGCUGCCUGGGCAAGUCCAAGGGGCGGCCGCAUCCGCAGAUCGACGGGCAGGUCGUGCGGCGCCUGCGGGACUUCUACCGGCCCUUCAACCUCAAGUUCUACCAGAUGACGGGGCAGGACUUCGGCUGGGACUGAGGUGCCCGCGGCACCGGCGCCUCCCUUCCUUCUAAUUUAUAUGGG